GGCAUGAAUUUGUUUGUUUACAUUGCGUUGGUGGACAAAAGAAGAGGCGAGAGAUGGAGGAAACGCGAAGAGCAGACCUCGAUCGACUAUCGAAAAAAGGGACACCGGUCGUAACAGCACAUGGGAAAGCAACAGCUGGUCGCACUUUACAACCGAGGAUAUGACGGUUGCACCGUCCCUUCUUCGCUUUAACAAUCGACACGGCAGGCAGUGAUUGUUGUACGGGAAGCCCUUUUUUAUUUACAGCGUACAAGCAGCGGUACAGUUACAUCACCAAAUGCUCUCGGGGCUACCCCAAACCCGACGGCCACCAGCCCAGCCAUCAGCAGCAAUAGCAGCUGCAACAGCCAACAGGUUUAAAGAAGCGAUCCGCGUUCCUCACGCCACACUAUUUCCGUUCACGUGAGCCAAACGAAGCUUCCACGCCCGUGCCAAUUCCACCGAGGACACACGAUUGUCACCGUUGUCCUAUAUAUUUUCGGUAUCCGUCCGUGUACCGGCAUUGCAAGAGAAAAGAAGAAAAGAAAAUAAACCGCGACAGCCCCACGCUGCCGACGUCAAUUGGCGAUCGCGAGCAGCGUGGCAGCACGGCGCAAAAGGCAUGAACGACGUAAACGUGAGCCCCAAAAUACGUGUAGAGAGAGCGCUCCUUUUUCAUCAUUUUGUUCCAAACGCACUUGCUGCUCUGUGGAUGGCUCUUCGUUGCUACUACCAUUAACUUCCCCUCCCCCUGACAUUACUGAACGCGUUUCUGUUACGCAUCCACCACCGAUCGAGACUAGCAGAUCUACCGUGCAUGUCGCGGUUUGUGCGCGUUCGUCAACAAUUUUAAUGAUCGUGUUUUGCGAAAGGCCAAACACGAAGGCGAGCAUCGGGGUUGGUUGUUUUAUUCCUGUUUUCCCCGCUCCCAAACCAAAGCGCUCUCUGUGGUUUUAAAUAUUCGCAGUCCAUUUACAAUCCAACCGUUGUCUAUUCUGCCAGUGCAGUUGGCGGCCGUGAUCGCAAAUUGUGAACCGUGUGAGAUCGUAGUUUCCCUUCUGGUUGUGUUAUCAUAGUUAGAGCCGGAAAAACAUAGUAAUACCGACCGUUAAUGAUUUAUCGAGCGGAAAGCCAGAAAAUUGAUCGGUGGGCCGAUAUAACGCGUUACCUCCACGGUUCGUGAUAUCAAAAUUGCAAUCCGGCCAGUCCGACGUACGAAAGUGUUGGUGGCAACGCACAAUUGGCUCGCGACAAUCGUGCACACACGCGCAUCAUCCGCGAAAUUACGCGGUUGUAUUAUCGCGGCCGCUUGUUGUUCGAUUGUAGGUGGCUGCUGUUGCUGUGGCUGUUGCUAACGCUGGUGGUAGUGGUGUAGAACAUCGGAUAGCAGCCUUUUCCCGUUAAUCAACCGCUGGCGCCUCAUCGUCGUCUUCUUGUUCUUGCCUGCACUUCGUUCUCGGUCGUCCUGCCAGCCACAUCCACCGCAGGCAUGUACUGGUCAUAUCGACGGCGCGCUCUCAAAAGGUGAUUACGACGUAGCAUCUGUGAACUGGUGCGUAGUGUUUCCAUUUCCGAAAGACGUGCGUACCACGAUAAAUUCCGGAAUCCCGUAGAAAAUCCUUCGUGCUGUGAUAAAGUAACCGUGGUGGGGCGUCUCCAUGACAACGGCCUAGUCUAGUGUGCGUGUAUGUGGUGCAACAAGUUCUCAUUCUUUCAAGCGGCCCCUCGGUGUUCUGUCGACCGCCUGGUAUGAUUCAUACCUAGUUCUUAUUGGCAGAAGAAAGGAUCCCAUUGUUCUCGAGUUUAGCGUGACAAAGCGUGUACAGCUGUGUGGUGGAUGAUGCUGGUUGGUGUCGCUUUGCUGGAUCUAACAACACCCUCAGAUCGCUCGCAAGUGGAACGUCUCCGUGUUUCUGGAAGGAUUUUGAUCCUCACAUUUGGCGUGUUAUCUGCCACGUAAUCGCUAUAGCGGCUCCAGUCGAGACCGAGAAUUUGCUGACUGUUGCGCUUCCCCUGCCCUGCAGCAGCAACCGGGUGUACUGCAACUGCGUUGUGGCGUAUUUCUAUUCGAGUUUGGCUCGAUUGUGCGUGCGUUUGUUGUGUGUUUUGGUUUUCGCUUGCGUGUGCAAUUUUGCUAUCCUUCCUCCUUCACCGCCCACCACCCUCUCUGAACGUGGGUCGGGAGCUCCCGUAGUGCUGCUAGGACUUUCUCAACCGGAACAGCGAAAGCACCGAAACAACAGCCAGCAAAAUGGUGUGGUUCGAUCUCGAUCGGCUUAUAACCGAUCUCUUCAAGACCACCGUACUGCCGGGGAUACCGGUGGUGCUCUGGUUAACCGAUCUGAUCGGGCUGCGGACGUGCCAGUUCGCGUUGCUGGUGUUUCUAAUCGUGUUCGUCGUGAUGCCGAUCAUCUUCAAGUUUUCGUUUGCCAUGCAAAAAAGCAUACUGUUUCUGACCUUCAUCACGUACCCACCGAAUCUGGACUUGAAGCGACCGGAAAAGAGCGGUCUGUAUGCGACGAGAAACUUUUACAUCAACUACCGCGACCAGGAGGAGGAUCUCGGCGUCGAUAUAGCGGUAUGGCACGUGCUACCCAACGAUCUGGUGCGUCGCUACGCCAAGGAACUGCACGUUGAUGAGAGCACAAUACCGAAUGCAACGGUUUUAAACGAAGAGCCAAGUAUAGCGCGCGGCGGAAGCAUUAUCUCGGGCGACGGAUCCGAUAACCAAACCGAUCAACAACUGGAGCAGCGUUAUCAUCCCAUCGAGCAGAUCCUACGGGCAGAUGGUUUUAAUCCAUCGGAUGAGCACCAUCAGAAGGAACUGUUCGAAGCUAGUCUUCGGGCUACGACUAACGACGUCGUGCUCUACCUACAUGGCAAUACGGCCUCCCGUGGAGCGACCCAUCGAGUAGAACUAUACAAAAUGUUACGAUCGCUCAACUAUCACGUGAUCGCGAUGGAUUACCGGGGUUACGGGGAUUCGGCCAGCCUAUCGCCGACGGAACGUGGUGUCGUGUUCGAUGCGCUCGCUGUCUAUCAGUAUGUGACGAGCAUUACCAAGAAUCCGGUGUAUCUGUGGGGCCACUCGCUCGGUACCGGUGUCUCAACCCAUUUGCUGUCACUGCUGACCGAGAUGAGCUUACCCGGUCCACGGGCCGUCGUGCUCGAGAGUCCGUUCAACAACAUUCGUGAGGAGAUCUGUGCGCAUCCGUUCUCCAAGUUGUAUCGUCAUCUGCCGUGGUUCGACUACACGGUAUCCAGGCCGAUGUACAACAAUAUGCUGCGCUUCGAGUCCGAUCAGCAUAUCGCCGAGUUCCGGCAACCGGUGUUGAUUUUGCACGCCGAAGAUGAUCUUGUCGUGCCAUUCGACCUAGGCUACAAGCUGUACCGGAAGGCUCUUGACACUCGCGGCAAGUCUUGGGGACCGAUCGAGUUUCAUCGUUUCGAAAAGUCCAGCCAUUACGGCCACAAGCACAUCUGCCGUGCACCAAAUCUACCGGAAAUUGUUGUACGCUUUUUCCACAAUUAUCGGGAAGCGCAAUACUAGAAUUCUGCAACCAAAGCGCACAGGAUGGAGAGGUUGUGAUCUAUUUGCUGCUGCUGACAGGAGCGUUACGAUCAAACAAUGUUGUAAAAACGUUGAUCCAUGCCUAAGGAGACCUGUGACAAUAGGGGAAACGAUGAUGCAUCUCUGACUGAUGAAGUGGCACGGCACGCAACACGUAAAACAACAGUAGAAAUGCAAAACACGGAAUCCGAAAAGUGCUAAUAAAUGUUAGAGGUAGUUUUCUAUGGAUUGGCACCGGUGCAAGUGUCCGAUGCCAAACUGUUACAUAGCAUGUAGGUGUAGCAAGUAAGUAAGUAUGUGUACACGUAGCUGACCAAAUAUAUAGAGUUAUACGUCG